AUGUCUGAACGGUGGAUAGAGAGUCGUCUCUUUUCUCGACGGAACACAGUGAUAUCUCUUUCCUCGCCUCCCCUCUCGACGGUGAAGAGAGACAUCAUCUUCCCCCCACCGACGGUGAAGAGAGCCAUCAUCUACCCAUCACCGACGGUGAAGAGAGCCAUCAUCUACCCCCCACCGACGGUGAAGAGAGCCAUCAUCUUCCCCCCACCGACGGUGAAGAGAGCCAUCAUCUACCCCCCACCGACGGUGAAGAGAGCCAUCAUCUACCCCCCACCGACGGUGAAGAGAGCCAUCAUCUACCCCCCACCGACGGUGAAGAGAGCCAUCAUCUACCCCCCCACCGACGGUGAAGAGAGCCAUCAUCUACCCCCCACCGACGGUGAAGAGAGCCAUCAUCUACCCCCACCAACAGUGAAGAGAGCCAUCACCUACUUCCCAGACGGUGAAGAGCCAGCCACAGCCCGCAGCCUGCUGCUCACUAGAGUGCUUCCACAGCCUCAACAACAGUUUAAUUACGCCUGCAACCAAGGCUUUCACAUCCAAGACAAGCCACGCCCACCCACGCUAACGCCUAGUCCACCACCCAUCUCAUGUCAACUCUCUACCAAGCCCACCAACCCCCACCUCACCCACAAUAAGCGUGCCUCCCACGUUAUACAAAUCCUAAUUAUGUGUUGA